UUAGUCGUGUGACACCGAGCCUCCGACGCAGAUCUACAGAUGCCGCUGAAAUGCUCCACAGAUCGGUCGCUGUUGAUGUGAAAACAUCCAGAGACGAUGUACAGGUUCAUUAAGAUGGCUGGUUGUGCAGCUCACACUUGUGGAAUAUUCCUGGAUUAUAGCAGAAAGACUUUUUUACUCCUCUGGGACUAGACACAGUGUUGUGGGUCACCGUCUGCAGGUUUUAGUCCUUGAACACACUUUGCUGAGAUGAAUACGUUAUACAUCGUGAUUGAAGUGGUUAUUGCUGUUCUCUCCAUAUCCGGCAACAUACUGGUUUGCUGGGCUGUCGCCAUCAACACCACUUUGAAGAACGCUACCAACUAUUUUCUGGUGUCCCUGGCUGUGGCUGAUAUUCUGGUCGGUUGCCUCGCCAUCCCUUUUGCCAUAACCAUCAGCAUCGGCAUCCGUCUGGACUUCUAUGGGUGCCUGUUCCUGGCCUGUUUUGUCUUGGUACUGACACAGAGCUCCAUCUUCAGUCUGCUUGCCAUCGCUAUUGACAGAUAUCUGGCAGUUAAAAUUCCUCUAAGGUACAAGGAGUUAAUGACAGGAAAGACCGCCAGAGAAAUCAUUGCUAUUUUAUGGAUCCUCUCCUUUGUCAUUGGCCUCAUCCCUUUCUUUGGCUGGAACCGGAAGUACUUGAGUUGCAAGAGGAACAGCUCCGGGACGGACAACACUACAAACACUGGCCUCACAAAGGGGCCGAGCGGCAGAGGGGACUUGCUAAAGAGUUGCGAGCUCCACUGCUUCUUUGAGAGUGUGGUGGACAUGCACUACAUGGUGUAUUUUAAUUUCUUUGUCUGUGUGCUGCUGCCGCUGCUCAUCAUGCUGGGCAUCUACCUGAAGAUCUUCACUGUGGCCAGGAAGCAGCUGAGACAGAUCGAGCUCAAGUGCGUGGGCAACGGGGACAGCCAUCACCACGGGCUGCUGCAGAAGGAGAUCCGGGCCGCCAAAUCCCUCUCCAUUAUCGUGGGACUGUUCGCUAUCUGCUGGCUGCCCGUCCACAUCCUCAACUGCCUCACGCUGUUCUACGAGGAGCUGAAGAAGCCGGCGGUCGUCAUGUACAUGGCCAUCAUUAUGUCUCAUGCCAAUUCUGCGGUCAAUCCCAUCAUCUACGCCUACCGCAUCCAGGACUUCAGGAACACCUUCCGCAAGAUCCUGGCCCAGCACUUCCUGUGCCGCAGGGAGGAGCUGUACCUCAGCUCCAACGGCAGCAGACGCAACAGAGACCAAAUCCACAUGACCAUCGACCCUCUGCUAUAGAGAGUCGUACUGAGGAGGAGUAUUAUAUGUCAGCUCUGUCGUUUCAGUCUUGAAUUUUAUUUCCACUGCGGUUUCUAAUGUUUACAGAACAAGGGUAUGAUAUGCGAGGAUGAACCGAUGUUAAACGCGCCUUGAAUGUGGACAUUUAUUUAUGAACUGUGUCAAGUAUCAGGGGUCGAGCAGUGAAAUGUUGUUGUCGUCUUACGUAACUUUUGUAUUGUGAAGGAUUUUUGAUUUAAAAGAAAAUCUGAUGAAGCUAACUGGAUUUGUAGGACUGUGAACAGGAUCCAAACUUAAACUGCUAUUUAUCAUUCUGAAUCCACCCUGUUACAACUCCAGACACUCCUUCUUUGCCCUGCUAUUUUAUAUUGUCAACAUUCAGUGCCAGUGUUUAAUUAUUUAUUUAUUACAAGACCUUUUCUUUGAGAAUGUAAAGAUCAAAAGACUUUGUGCGGUGAGAUCUGUAUUUGUGCACCUAGAAAGGUACAAUAUUAGUAGUCUACAUCCCACAUUCAUACUCAUGAUCAUCACAGGCUCUAUAUAUAGAUUUUCUUUAUCUUUUAUUUGAUUAUUAGAGGAGGUAUUUUUCAUAUCAAUAUCCAAAGUAGGAGACAGAUAAGGAGAAUACAUAUCUUUGUAAAACAAAUGUUCUCGAGCUGCUGCUUCAGUCUUUGCAGGUGUCCCUGCCGCUGCUCUAGUGACUCCUCCACAAAACGACGCAGGCGGAGGGACGCGGCGGUCCACACAGGGACACGCCUGCUUAUUGAAAAUUGCCAAAAAACUAAACUAGAGGGGGAAAAAUGCAAGAAAAAAAGAAAUGCUUUUCCUGUCCCAUGAAUCAUCUCUCAGGGCCACAGGGGUAGACAAAAUAAUCUCUGACCUCUGUGGCUGUGAUCCAGAGGAUGGCGUUCUUGUGACUCCGACACAAACGGCACGAUUUGAUUCGGUCACGCAGACACAGAAAUAAGUCGAAGUUUAGAGAAACACACCUGCAGUGGUGCUCCAUAUCAUUCCCGUGUUUCUUCAGACAAAAGCUCAGGAAGUGCUGAUUCACCACAGAGCGUUUUCAGAUGCUUUGUUUUGAGCCAACUGAUGACAUACUGUAAAAGUAGACACGCCAUUUAAAUGAUUAUGAUUAUAUUCAUUAUUCCUCAUCAUUCAGGCUUCUGGUACACAUGUAUUUUGUGGCUUACAUAACACAAAGCAUCUGUGCUUUGAUUCAGUUAGCUGUAAAUGAAUGUCACUUGCCUUAGGACUCCAGCUGACACCCC